GUUCUCGCGCACUGUCUCGCCAGACGUGUACAGACUCUCGUGCGGGAAAGAGGACGUCCCGUGUCAGUCAGGCCACUCAGUCGGGCACUGUUUCCACCGUGUCCCUAGUGCCUAUAGUGCCUACUAUCGUUGGGAAGGCUGGGAACGACAGACGCGCGAGGGGUACGACAAACGCGAAUUGUGAGUCAAGUGCGUGGGGGGAAAUGUUAUUCCCAGUUGAACCACUUUUCCUCUUCGUUCGGUGUGAGUGAACGAGUUCGUGCGGGUGAAAAACAAAAAAACACCCUGGACGGACCUCCUCCAUUAUGUGGUGACUGUCAGUGAGGUGCAUUAAGUCCUCCGCAAGGACGUAUAGGUCGUAGCGAAAUCGGCUCCCAGUGUUCCCCGACAGUGUGUCCUUCUUGCGGGUUGCUGUAAGUGUGUGCAUCACGAGCAUAUCGGCAAUAACGAGCGAUUGUGUGGUGCGAGCGCAAAGAGCGCGCUAAAAAGUGGCAAAGAAAAAUUGCGCUAAGUCGUGCAAUGAGGUGUGAACAAUAAUAAACGACGAUCCACGAGUCGACACAGAGGUGGGGGGCAAAUUGCUCCUGUAUUUACACACUACACGACGCCACACAACGGAGCGUAGGCGAAUUGGGGCGAAGCCGCAACAGCCAGUGGCAAAUCUUUUAAAUUCCUGCCGUGAAAGUGUGCGCGUCGAUGAAUGUGUAUAAGUGAAUGUGUUUGUGUGAGUGUGUGUAUGUGUCGUGAUGUGCGGUAAAAGCGUGCUGUAAUGUGCUACCGGUGCGUAUCCGUGCACCUCUUUCCCUAAAACCAUCGCAAAUUGCUCUGUCAGUCGAAAGUAGUGAGCGCGCGCGCGCAAGUGUGUAGGUAAGUGGUGGUGAAAAUAUAAAAAAAAAAUCAUCCUCUUACCCCUCCUUGUCCGAGAAGCAGCACGAUCCCCCUUCAUCCAAAUGGAUCAGAAACGUCAGCAGCUGGCGGCCACAUAGCACCCCCAAUGCGGGCGUGUUGAAAAGUGGGGGAAGCAGAAAAUUAAAUCAAAUUCUUAAGAAAUAUAAUAAUAAUCACCGGCGCGUCAUCGUGUGUGCGACACACACAGAGAGGGAGUGUGCGUGUACAAGUGUGUUGUUGUGUGCGCUGGUGAGCAAUACCGAAUAGCGAAAGUGAAAUACGCCUGCGAAGGGUCCAAGGGGCCUCUGUUUUGUAUUCACGCGCUGGCAACCUGUCCCCCCCGGCCAGCGUCACAACAAAUUCGAGCGAAAAUUAGUUAAAGUGAAGAAAUGAAAUUUUGCCAUCAAUCAAGAAGCCAUCACCUCGUAUCACGAACGUACGCGGCUGGCCUGGAGUGCACUAGCGGCUAGGUCAGGCCCCGGGCCCGCCGUUCAGGCUGGUUGCUGUUGUCUGCGGAAGUACGGCGCAAAGUACAGGUGCGCGCGCGCGCCCACACGGCCACGGACUACAUUUGGUGAAAAGCAACGGUCGGCGUGCCGCACUUUCGAGGAACCUUUUUACCUAGUUUUUGGGCCGGAAAAGACGAACACGACGACGAUCCAAACGGCAAAAGUGCCGCGGCCGUGUGCGGUUUGUGUUUCCCAAGAGAAACCACUCAUCGCAGGGUUUUGGCGCGGUAUAAAACAAGGAGAGCUGGCAAGGAACAGCAAACAAGAACCGCUCACCCUCAAGCAGCAAGAACCAAUUCCCCGUCGAACCAACAUUCUCCUGGGCUCUCGAUACCACUCGGGUUUUUCGGUAAAUAAUUACAUUUACUCGUUAAAGUAGCGAGAGUUCACCUGAAUUGCCUACACUAGGGGACGACGACAUUGUUUGCCGUACGCAGGGCCGGAAGUGUAAGCCGGCAGCGAGAUUAGAACGGACAUCGCUGCAACACACUCGCCGCCGCCCCUUAGUUCCUGCUAUUGUGUGAGCAAAUUGGCAGGAUUCGCCAUUUUUAUUGAAUCACUACUACUAGCCUCAUCUCUAGGGAGAGUGCGUGUGCUCAUUUCGUGCCCUUCAAAGUAGCAACGGCGAAGGCGAACGGAAGCAACCCGGAGCAGGCAGGCACCAAUAGGAACACAUUUUUAAUGCAAGGAAGGAAGCGUUUAGCAACAGUGGAAAUUGAGCAAUUUCGACCGAAUUCGUUUGCGCCCGAACGUGGCGGCGAGCAGUGGCCGGCGCACGAACGAAACGGUGGGUCGAGACCGGGGCAACACAGCAACGAUGAGUGUCCAGCGCUGGCUGAGCAUUUUCCUGUUCGGUGCCAACGUGUUAGCAGGUCUCCUAGUGACGGGCUGCCUUGCGAGCGAGGCCGCCGUUGGUUCCAGCGGCUCCACCACCGAACUCCUGCUGCAUCACAAGCUGCCGGUACCGAUUGCGGUGCCAACCGUCGAAACAUUACCCCGAGCCCCGAGCAGGUACGAUGGGGAGCCAACGGGCGCCGACAGUAACGCGUUCGUGGCGGCCGACAUCAUCAACCUCGACCGGGACGGUGCGGUCAGCUUUAUACCGCGCCGGGACGUGCGGUACCAGCGGGCGGUACCGCCCGAGUAUGCCGGUGCGUCCGCCCUGCCCCACUGCGAAACGUUCACGAUGGGCGAUCCGGACACGAAAACGCUGUACAAUCCGGGCUGGCCGGGCAACUACCCGAACAACAGUGACUGCGUGGUGGUGCUGGAGGCACCGGUCGGUUUUCUCGUGCGGCUCGACUUCCGGGACCACUUUCACGUCGAACCGUCGGAAGAGUGCAAGUACGACUUUCUCGAGAUCCGUGACGGUGCGCACGGCUUCUCGACGCUGAUCGGGAAGUACUGCGGUCAAACCUACCCGCCCAUGAUCACCUCGAAGGAGCGCUUCCUGUGGUUGCACUUCCACUCCGACGAAAACAUCGAGUACAACGGGUUCGUCGUCGUGUACGAUUACGUGCCGCGGCCUACUUCGUCCAUCUACGACGACGAAAGCUGCCGGAUGGAAGUUUCCGGCAUGGAGGGGUUCGUCAACCGUACCGAUGUGCCGCGCGAAAAGCAACAAACCGUGAUCGAGCAUGGGCUGUCGCUGGACUGCAUGUGGGUCGUCACGGUGGCGGACGGGUGGAAGAUUCAACUAUCCUUCCUCAAGUUCAAGCUGGAGCGACCGAACGAUUGUGAAAGCAACUUUGUGGACGUGUUCACCGAGCGGACGGACCUACCAUCGAGACUGAAAAACUUUUGCGGCUCCAUCGCUGACUCGGUCGUAUCGCGGUCGAACGUCCUGCACAUCCGCUUCUUCGCGGAAGCGGCCGCCAUUAAUUCCACCUUCUCCAUCCUCUUCACUGCAUUUAGGGAGAAGGCGGCCGGUGAAACCUGUGACGAUACGGAGUACGAUUGCGAGGACGCGACCUGUAUAUCCGGCGAGCUGCGCUGCAACGGCCGCAUCAACUGCCGGUUCCGGUGGGACGAGGACGAGUGUCAGAAACAAGCGGCCGCCCAAUCGGAGCACGUCAUCAUCAUUGUGAUUGUGUUCGGGCUCAUCCUCGGCGGCAUGAUACUGCUGUUCCUGUUCAACUGCAGCAGGAAGAUUAUCCGCGACCACAAGAUCAUCCGCGAGCACAUCCGGCAGUCGCGGGAAAGCAAGCUCAACGAGCUCGGGCGCCAUUCGACGAAGAAGCUUGUUGAUCUGGACAUUACCAAGCUGCCGCCGCCCGCGUUCGACAAGGAGCCGCUGAACGUGCUGGAGGGUGGUGGCGGUGCGACGAACGCGUCCAAUGGGCAGUACUAUCGCGAGCUGGGCAUUGGGAGCGUUGGUGGAGGAAGUGCAGGAAGUGGUGGUGGUGGUGGUGGAACGGGACCGCACAUGUUUAGCAGCCGGAUAGACAUCAAGGCGGACCCGCAGCAGGCGGACGUGCUGCGGGGCAGCUACCAGGAGGAUCCACUGUCCCGGUCCGGGACGCUCGGGCGGGACGGCGGCAUGUGUGAUAUGGCGUGCCAGACGCGGGAAUCGCUCUUCCAGCCGGUGUUCAAAAGCAAGCUCAACCAAUCACCGAACCAGCUGCAAAACAGCAUACGCUUCUCCACGUUCGGGUACGAAAGUCAGCAGCAACAGCAACAGCAGCAGCAGCAACAGGAGCAGCUUCCUGCCGUCACACCGCCACCACCGCGGGUGAAACACCAUCAUCACCAUCAUCAUCACCAUCACGGCGGGACGCUCGACGGUACGAAAAGCUCCAAGGUGAACCGGAUCGAGCUGGAGGACCUAUCGCCCCCUGGGUCGGGCGGCGGGUACGAUGACCGUGGCGACGAGACGGCACUGCACCAACAGCUGGGCCAACAGCAUGGCCACUCGCACGGUCACGCCCACCACACCCACCAGCAUCCGCACGCGCACCAAAAGAUGGCGCACGACCGCACCAACCUGACUGAAACUGGCGGCGGUGGCCCUGGACGAGGUGGUGGCGGCAGUGGUGGGGCUGGUUCGUACGGGGCCGACAUCCGGAAGUCGGCACCGGACGUCAUCAUCAUGACCUCCUCCCAUUGACCCGACGGGGACGGUUAGCUAAAUUGGAUUAGAAUUGGUGUGGUGGUGGUGAUGUGGCGCGAUGGCAGCGUUCAUUUUUGUGUUUUCGAGAAGUUCUGGUUCCGGAAUUUAGAAUCAAGUGCGCAUCUUGUACUGAAAGCGUCUUACGGAAAAGCAUCUUUGUGCUUUGUGCCACGAGGUUCGGGUGCGGUCUUCUUGGUUGUUUGAUUUUGAGGUCAACGGGACGGGUUGUGCCCGACUUUAUUGUAGCGGGAUUUGCACUGGCGGGUUAAGGGUGUCGGGGGUCCUAAGCGAUAAGAAGGGUGUCAUAUGGUCCCCUAUACAUGUGGGGUUAGCAGAAUAGUCAGUCCUAAAUGUAUGGCGGCACAGUCCAUUUGGGGCUUGAACCCAUGACGGGCAUGUUGUUAAGUCGUACGAGUUGACGACUGUACCACGAGAUCGGCUCCCUUCACGUGACUACUGUACCAAUAUAAGCUGGACUAACCAUCCAAGGGACCUCCAAAGCUGACGGGGCCCCUAUCGUCCGCCCAUUCCGCGUACCAUUAAACCCGUCACUAAGAUUUUGUUGUAACUUCCACCGCCACACCGUCAACCGCGCGCCACUGGGGAGAACACGGGCAUCCAGAGAUUGCUCGCCAUUUGUAGUAGGAUAGGCAUAAAUGUUAGGGAAUUAUAGGCAACAAAAGAACCUUGCAAAAAGGAAGCAAAAAAACAGACGGAAAAGUGUAUGAAGACACAGAUACUAACAACAUUCAGCAAUUGCGUACCGUUAUGGGUUUCAAGUGCAUACACACAUACAUUAACACACACACACGCAGACAUAGAUACACUUUGUUAAUAAGCAGGUUGUUUCGCGAAGGAUCUCUUAGACAAAAGCGCAGAAAGCGCCCCAAUUACCAACCGUUGAUUGAUGAGUUUUAGCUAAUUGUUUUCUAAUGUCUCGAUCGUUCGAUCGAGCUAAAAGAUCGACAGUAACAGGCUAAGUUAAUAUAUGAAAUAUUGGUAGAACCGUACCUUUGUGCUCGUUCGUUGUGCGUGAUUUGUCACACCCUUUUCUGUUCUGUAGUUUGGAUGGUUUGGAUCCUUCCACCAUCGCGCGCGCAGCAAAGACCGCCUAACCCUAGCGAAAGGCAAACUUUGUACAUAAUAGUCCGAUCUACUCGAUCGAGUGCUAGAUCAUGUUUCGUUUAGCUCUCCUCUCUUUGAAGUUUAAUUAUUUUGUUUUAAUUAUUAGCUAAAUUGUAGCAAAACUUGUACUGUACGAUAAGUUGAUUGUUGUGUUGGCAAUUGUCCAGUAUUUUGGAUAUGAAGAGAGACGCAGAUAAAAAAGAAUGCGGCUAGUAUUAAGUUUGUUAAGUUAUACUAGUCUACUAGCUAGCGGAAUAUAUUUGUGAAGGAGUAGAUUAAAAACAAAAAGAAAGGCAUUCUGCAUGGAAUGAUUUAACUUAUUAUGUUUUUUGAAACAAUCAGCAGCAAUCUUUGUUAGCAGCAUGAUUGUUUGAGUUUGUUUUUUUAUUUAAAAAAAAACCCUCCUCCUUUCUUCUGUCCUUCCACAUGUUGCUGAUAAUAUUUGUUUGAAAAAUACGGUUGGAACCAAACGCUACUGGACCAAUCGUUAAGUCGACAACUGUUGGAAUAAAUGAUGAUGGAAAAACAAAACCAAGCUACUUACACAACAAGUGUAUUUUGUACAGCCACACCCACUCACUGUCAUACGAGUUUUGUUACUCAAUGCAAAUGUACUAUACGGUUAUAGUCAUAGUGUCUAGAUCAUGUGCACCCUUCAUUAUACACUUUCCAUAACACAACAUAGCAAGCAGACAGUCACUAAACUACACGUACGAAAUCGUACGGAUGGGAGAGAUGUUUAGCAGCAGUAGGGCAAUAAUCGCAAACAAAAGAACCACAGUGGGAUGAGGAAGAAAGACGGUGUAAACAUUACCGAUAUAGCAACACCGGAGACCGGGUACAGGAAAUUUUACAGGAAGACACGCUACACGCUUACGUUUGUCCUUCCUUCGCAGUAUCAGGUUUUUAUAAUCCCAACUCGGUGCGAACUCGAUGUAGCGGUAACUUUUCCUACCACUCAUGCGUACACACUCACAAAAAAUAUAGUUUAGUAGUACAGUUGAGUGCGACAACGAGCUCGUUUUGUGUAGUACAUUACAAAAAUCCACUGAAGGCGUAAUCGCACUCCCCUCCUCCCUUUUAGGCGAACCACACAGUUCCUGAGAGCUGAAAAAAUUGUUUUUAAAUUUCGCUGUAACUGUCAACCUGCACUCAUCAAUGGUGGAAGAAGAAAAAAAGCCAUUCACUCACAGUAACAACAACAGUAACAAUAGUGAAACGAAACACUCACACUCACAGACAUGUAAAAAAAGGAACCACCGGUGGGAGAAAUUGUAAAGUUCGAUUCAUGAUUUAUAAAUAAAAAACACAUAAUGAAAACGAAAGAAUGG